UCCUUUUUUUUUAAUUGUUUGAGCUUCUUCUUCUCAUCCGUCGAGCCUCGCGCGUCUUUCGCAUGCCAUCUCUCACCUAGUGUCACAUCGGCUUCUGUGUGCUAUCUUCUAGAAACCGCCACGUGUAAACUAUGACGGUGUUUUCCGGCAGCAGACAGGUGGUUCCCGUCUAUUACGAGGCCGAAGUUUCUCAGCGUCUGCUCGAAGCUUCUUUAUCCGGCGAUCUGAGGUCCUCUCUCGAAUGCAUCGCCGAUCCGUUCGUCGAUGUCAACUUCAUCGGAGCUAUUUACUUGAAAACGAGGAAGGCCGAAGUCGUUUUGAGAGAAGAGGCGCCGAGUGAGGUCCGCGUCGAGUAUGAGGAGUUUACGACUGACGUUACUGCUCUUUUCCUCGCUGUUCACGUCGGGAAUGUCGCUCUCGUGAAAAAACUGUUGAGCGUAGGAGCUGAUGUGAAUCAGAAACUCUUCAAGGGCUUUGCGACAACAGUAGCAGUCAGAGAAGGUCACCUUGAGAUUCUGAAAAUCUUGCUUAAAGCUGGGGCGUCUCAGCCAGCUUGCGAAGAAGCUCUUCUGGAGGCAAGCUGCCAUGGACAAGCAAGGCUUGCCGAACUGCUCAUGGGGUCUGAUCUAAUUCGGCCACAUGUUGCUAUUCAUGCUCUCGUCACAGCCUGCUGCAGGGGAUUUGUGGAAGUGGUGGACACUCUAAUGAAGUGCGGUGUCGAUGCAAAUGCAAGUCAUAGACAGUUGCUUCAGUCGUCUAAACCUUCUUUAUAUACAAAUGUUGACUGCAAUGCACUUGUUGCUGCUGUGGUUAGUCGGCAGGUUGCAGUUGUUUGCUUGCUUCUACAGGCUGGGAUUCCAACUGACAUUAAAGUAAGUCUUGGAGCAUGGUCAUGGGACACUACUACAGGUGAAGAGUUCCGAGUGGGUGCAGGACUGGCUGAGCCUUAUGCAAUAAGCUGGUGUGCUGUAGAAUAUUUUGAAGAUAGUGGUGCCAUCUUGCGCAUGCUCCUUCAGCACUUCUCCCUUGAGACACGUCAUUACGGAAGAACUCUCCUGCACCAUGCUAUCCUUUGUGGAAGUACGGGAGCUGUCAAAGUGCUUUUAAGCUGUGGCGCAGACCCAGAAUGCCUAUUUAAAACCUUGAAAAUCGAGUUCCGGCCAAUACACUUGGCUGCUCGUUUUGGCUUGUCAGAAACCCUUCAAAUCCUCAUUGAUUCGGGUUGUGAUAUAAACUCCAAGACCGACUCCGGUGACACAGCUUUGAUGAUUUGUGCAAAGUACAAGCAUGCAGAAUGUCUCAGAGUGUUGACUGGAGCUGGUGCGGACUUUGGCUUAAUUAACGUCUCUGGUCAGUCCGCUAGUUUGAUUGCCGGUUCAAACCGGUGGUUCCUUGGUUUCCAGCAAGCAGUGCUGGACAUAAUCAAGGUUCGAAGGAUCCCAAAGUCGAGCAAUUUAUCAAUUUUCUCUCCGUUGCUGUUUGUUGCUGAAACUGGUGACGUUGAGGCUCUAAAAGUGCUGAUUGCAAGUGAAGUUGAUCUUGAUUAUCAGAAUGAGAAUGGUUUCUCGGCAAUCAUGAUUGCCGCCUUGAAAGGUCAUGUUGAAGCAUUCCGGCUGCUAGCUUAUGCUGGAGCUGAUGUUAAGCUGCUAAAUAGAUCUGGUGAGACUGCAAUUACAUUGUCUGAACUGAACCAGAACCGAGAUCUGUUCGAGAAGGUGAUGCUUGAAUUGGCACUAGAAAAAGGCAACCGAAAUGCUGGAGGCUUCUAUGCUUUGCAUUGUGCAGCGCGCUACGGAGAUCUGGAUGCUGUUACGUUAUUGACGAGCAGGGGUUAUGAUGUAAAUGUCCCCGAUGGAGAUGGAUGCACUCCACUUAUGUUAGCAGCUAGGGAAGGUCAUGGUCCCAUGUGUGAGCUCCUAAUCUCACACGGGGCAAAUUGUGAUUUCAAGAAUGCUAAAGGAGAAACCGCUCUAUCUCUUGCUCAAAAAACCAUUCCCUUAAGAAAUGACGCGGAACGUGUGAUUCUAGAUGAGCUUGCUCGCAACCUUGUUCUCGGUGGCGCCCGUGUCAUGAAGCAUACCAAGGGAGGAAAAGGAAACCCUCACGGGAAAGACAUGAAAAUGGUGCGGAAUUCCGGACUACUGCAGUGGGGAAAGUCAAGUCGACGAAAUGUGAUAUGCCGGGAGGCAGAAUUGGGACCAAGUGCAACCUUUGGAAGGAACAGGCACAACAAGGGUGAUGCGAACGAACCUGGAUUAUUCCGAGUGGUGACUAACAAGAACAAAGAGGUUCAUUUCAUGUGCGAAGGCGGGUCAGAAACGGCGGAGCUGUGGGUGAGAGGAAUAAAGCUUAUAACAGGAGAGGCUAAUUUUGGUAGCCAGAAAGAUAGGUAGAGAUGGGUUAGGAAGUUUGGGUUUUAGAUGAUUGUAUAGAUAGAUGCUUGGGGACUUGCAUUUCGUGCUUUAAAGUAGUUGGAAU